AUGUUCGUUAGAAUGUUAACGAUACUUUCCAAAGGGAACUGCCUGUUUAAUUUCUGCAGACGGAGCUUGACAACAAGUGAAGCGGCAACAGCUCUCCGGCCAUUUUAUUUCGCUGUUCAUCCAGAUUUAUUUGGGCAACAUCCAAAAGAAAGAGGGAUAAAUGAAGAAUCCUUAAAGAAAUUAAACGAAUAUGUUUCUGCCCUUCAUUCUGUUGGCUAUGCUCGACCGACAGAAGUUAUUUUUUACCUGAAGAUCAGUGAUGACAACAAAGGAUUUCCAGUCUUUAAACGCAUUGAAAUUUCACUGUUUUCUCGAGAUCUGAGGACAACCAUCAAAACCAUCCUGAAGGCUUGCAACUUGCCUGUCGACUAUGUAAAUACCAUUGAAAGCAGCUCACCUAAGACAUCUCGGACACGGUCAGGGCAUGGCCUUGUUAACUGGGACCACACAUUUUACAAGGCAAUGAAUUCUGCUGAUGCAAUGAAAGUGAAACCACAAAUAACUCUACAGAAAUGGUUGGAGAAGAAUGUAGUUAAGGCACAACGUUUGUCAGUGAUGACACGAGCUAUACAAGAUGACAUCGAUCGGUUAAGUUCUGCCUUAAAGAAUAAACUCAAGCUACGGGAACUACGAUGGGCUAGUGUUUGGGGAAACACGCAUUAUCGAGGCUGUCUGAGAAGUUUUGAUCGACUUUAUGCAGAAAAUUCACACAAAAUUGAGAAAAUACUCAAAGGUCGUACAUUGGUAUUUGCUAGUUCAACAGGUGUCAAUCUUCAUGGAGACAUUGUCCUCAGUACGGAACAUGUACCAACAUUCUGGAUGAAUCUUCUAAAUUCAGUUCGUGCAUAUGACCCUGUUCUUGAGCGCUUGCCCUAUAUGGAAGAUGAACUCUCUGGCCUGCUGAACAAUAUUCACAUUGUCCGACGACAGAAACGCUACCUGAGCCUCAUGGCAGAACAGUACGAAGAAUUACUUAACAAACUGAUAAAUUCACUACGCAGAUGUCAAGAUGAAGCAAAAACGUGUUUUUUCGAUGAAGACUUGUCUAAUCUUGAAUUAGUUGUUGAAUGUGAAUCUGGUCCCUUGACUGUGUCUCAGACAGGUCAAUUCUUAGUGCCAGCUUCAUGUCCCGGAUCUUUGGUGAUAGAAUUCAUUGACCAAAAUAAGUCAAUGGCUUUGCAGCUUUUAUCCGAAAUACCUGAAUUUUUGGAGAAGGAACAACUAUUGCAUGCAAAAUGCCUGGAAGUUUUCCAUUUGUCUUCCCUAAGCAAAGAUGACACCGUAUCUUCUCAACAAAUGACGAGUUUUUGUAGCCGACUCUUGGAAAACCAACAAAAUCUACUGACCAUUAUUUCUCUAGAGGAUCUCCAUAUACAAGUGUCACAUUAUUAUUCAGUUAUGCAAGAUGGCAGAAUGUGUGUUCCUUGGGACUGGACAGAGCAGUGA